CGCGGUCACACUGUUGGAAAGUGAAUAGAAUAAGCGUGAAUAAAGCGAGAAAAGCAAACGCAAAACGUGAGACUGUGUGCGUUCGCCGUCUCCUCGCACCGAAGUGGAGCGCACUUUGAUUAAUUCCGUGGAUGGAGUGGAACAACAAACACAACUGGAACAACAAUUGAAAAGAUGUUAAGCAGAGCACAGAGAGAGCGCAAAGUGAACAAAAACGAACGGUGAAAAGCACGCGUUUUGUCGUUUUGUUUUCCGCUUUUCCAGCAGCCGUGUGCCAAUUCGUUUCGCACAUUCUUCGCAGCCGGAUAUUGCGGAGGCAAUGGAAAGCGCAAGCAUGUGUGCAUGUGUGUCGCUUGGAUAACGGCGAAAAAGGCGAUAGAGGAGCUGUGAAACUGCAACAAAAGCAAACAACUUAAGCUGGGAUCUAAAAUCGGAUCUCAAGUUUGGGGACAAAGAACGAGUGUGAGAGAGAGACAGACGAGGAAAAAGAUACUCACACACGCAUACAUUUAACCGCUUCACACGCUCUCCCGUGUAAAACCAAUACAACAACAAAAAACAAAAACAACAUGCAAUUGUUGCAAAGUAGUUAAAUAAUUCUGCCCUGUCUGCGCUUUAUUUCCUUCUUCAUUUCGGUUCUUCUCGUUUUUGACUUUUUGUUGUAUAUUUUCAACAAGUUUCUGUUUCUCGCUUUUUCCCUACACACACACCCACCCACACAAACAAACAGUUCUUUUUUCGUUACUACUUCCAAACAACAAAAACACACGGCACACGAACACCAACCACCAAUACCAAAACAACGUCUCGUGUGACGUGCGAGCGCAGAAAUUGUCGUCUUUAGAUUUUGUUUGUGCACUUUUCGCCAUUUCCCUUUGUGUUCCGUUGUGUGCGGAACAGGAGGAAAGAGGAAAGCGAGGGAGCGCAAGAGUGGCCGAGAAGCACCUGCGAAAAAGCGGCACGAGAUCGCCAGAAAAGCAGAAAAUCGCAAGAAGCAAAAGCGACCGGCUCCCCACUUCCACACGCAAACACCGAGAGCUCCCCCCACACACACACAUCCAACACUUGUUGCAGCGGACGAGGAGAAGGGGCGCCAGAGCGAUAAGAGGGAAAGAGACGCGGAGCAGGAGGAGAACAAGUGCCUAAGAAGACAACAACGCGCAUCUGCUAUCAGCGAAUACCACUGCAAACAUGGUCAAGGAGAAGCCCAACUCGACUCGCAUCUACGACAAGGAUGGGUUCAGGCGGCGAGCUGCCUGUAUCUGUGUGAAAUCGGAAAAUGAGGCGGAGGUACUUUUGGUUACCUCUUCCCGUCGUCCGGAGUUGUGGAUCGUUCCAGGAGGCGGUGUUGAGCCCGAAGAGGAGUCUGCGGUGACCGCCGUACGCGAAGUGCUCGAGGAAGCCGGCGUGGUUGGCGAUCUGGGUCGUUGUCUGGGUGUUUUCGAGAACAAUGACCACAUGCAUCGCACCGAGGUGUUCGUGAUGAACGUCACUCAGGAACUGGACGAGUGGGAGGAUUCGCGGAGCAUCGGCCGCAAGCGCCAGUGGUUCACCAUCGAUGAUGCACUUUCGCAGCUGGCGCUGCACAAGCCGACGCAGCAGCACUACCUAAUGCAGCUGCAGCACUCGAAGACGCUGGACAACACGAAUCGCGUGGUGAACGCCACGCAUCCGCCCAAGUUGACCAAUGCCGCCACCCCAGCCGCAUCGCCCACCACGGCAUAAAGGCAUCGGGAUGCAGGAAGCAGGAUGCGGAUCGCAGGAAGCAGGAACCACACAUGCACACCACACUUAACCGCGAGACUAAUCCAACACUAACCCUACAACUAACCCCAUACCGAGAACCAUACACAUUUUGACAUUUUGGAAAUUUACAUAUAGACAGGCAGUCUUCUAGAUUAUGUUGGUUAAGCGAUACUUAUGUUACCCCGCAUCCCCCACAUAGCCCCAUUUGCGUUUAAGUUUAAGUCACGGCGUUCAUUUAUGUCUUUAGUAAGUGUAUCAGAACUAAAUUUAUGUGUUUACUCCAGAGAGAGUGAAGAGGAGGUGAAGAAAACAAAAACGCUACUCGAUCAAUGCUUAGCGAUAACUUAUAUUAUUCGAGAUCUAUAACACGACGCAGAUGUAGACGAAAACAACAUGUAAUAAUUUUUGAGCGAAUAGCACUUUUUGCAAAGACGAAAUUAAACUAAAACAAAAACUAAAACUAGAUGAACUAAACAACAAAAUCCAGAUUAACGAUAUCUAUUAGAUUUUUCUACUCUUUUUUAUAAUUUACUCAAAAGGCGUCUUAAUUGAUUAAUGUAACAAGCAAACCAAUUGGAAUAGGCUUUCACAAGCGCAAAAGGAGAUCUUAAUUAACUAUGCUAAGCGGCCUAAAUAAAACGAAACCUAUUUAAGCGAUGACUAACGAA